CAAACACGGAAGUGAGUGAAUGAGCCAUAGCUGCGCAUGGAUAGGUUCUGCCAGCCUAGCAAAAUAACAAUGCUGUUAAACAGGUAUUUCUUCCACGUUUAACAGCCAAAGUCGUGACUAUGGCUCAAAGGGACGUGAAGGAGGCGUUUGUUAGUAAUCUCAACGGGACCAGUUUGGGAGAGGUGGCGCUUGGAUCGUUUCUCGCUCCUCUAUGUCUCAUCAACAGGGCGUUCAUCUUAGUCCUCUACUACUGGGCCAAGGGGACUCUGCCGCUGCCACUUCCAUUGAUUUCCCAUCUGCUCCUAGACUUUUCUGUCAUUGUGCUUCCCCUUGUAUUAUCUUGUACAGUUCUUAGCAGCAUUCUUGUCCAAGUGAUCAUCUGCCUGAGUUUUAUUUCAGCUUGUGUGUUCUGCUACAUCUGUCGCACCAGCUUCCAGUCCUCUGCUCUGCAGUUGCAGAAGAUUGUCAGCACCUUCCUGCAGAGUGACGUUCAGUACAAGCAGGUUCCCUUUGUGACUCUCUUCAGAGUAUUUGUCAAUGUGAAAACGGCCAUUAGCAUCCUUGCUGUAGACUUUAGCGUCUUUCCAAGACGAUAUGCCAAAACGGAAACCUACGGGACCGGCGUUAUGGACUUUGGAGUCGGGGCAUUUGUUUUUGCAAACGCUCUCGUCAGUCCGGAGGCACGAAGGAGGGGCAUCUCAGGAUCCAAGAUGAGCCAUGUCACAAAGCAGAUCCUUUCUGUUUGGCCCCUGGUGGCUCUUGGCAUGGCAAGGCUCGUGAGCAUCAAAAUGACCGGCUAUCACGAGCAUGUAACAGAAUACGGCAUCCACUGGAAUUUCUUCUUCACGCUGGCCAUAGUCAGGGUUCUGGCUUCUGCUCUUUUGGUUGUUAUACCAGCUGGACAGUUGUGGCUCUUUGCCCUUCUGCUCAGCGGGUCUUAUCAGUUUGCUCUGGAAACGUCUGACCUAAAGUCCUUUCUAAUGCACAAUAAUGACAGGGAGAAGGACUUUCUGCACGGCAACAAGGAGGGCAUAUUUUCCAUAUUAGGCUACGUUGCCAUCUACCUGACAGGAGUGCAGAUCGGACUCUAUGUGAUGCAACCAAGAGCUAAAGUCAAAGACUGUCUAAAAAUGCUAUUUUUCCUUUGUUUGGGAAGUUUGCUGUUGUACACCGCUUUGUUCGCAUGCCAGACUCUCUUAGAGCCAGUCUCUCGCCGCACAGCGAAUUUAUCCUUUGUCGUCUGGAGUGUUGCUCAGUCUUUGUUUUUCAUGUCCUGCCUUGGCCUGGCGGAUUUGGUUAUACUGUUCUCCAAAGGAGCAUCCCACUGUCUUUUUCUGCCGUCGUCGAUGAAUUUUCAGGAAAUGAGCGUCGACUCUCUGGCUUCUCGAAAGAGAGGUGAAAUGGAGAGACUCUGCCUCAUCCAGGCUGUCAGCAGGAAUCAGCUGUUAUUUUUCCUGCUCGCCAACCUCCUGACGGGGGUAACCAACUCUCUCGUGGAUACGCUCAGCUGUAGCACUUCAUUUUCAGUCUGCGUCUUGCUGUCGUACAUGCUCAUGAACUGCCUCGUUAUAUUUGGUUUGCAUGUCUGUGGAAUUACAGCAAAGUUCUGGUGAGAUUUGUAUUUGUAAGCUCAGCAUCUUCAUGUCCUCUUUUUUUUUUUUAGUUUAUGUGAAGCUUGAGUUAAUGUGAACUGAAAAGAAAAACAACGGGGAAAACAUUAAAGAUGUAAAAAAAAAAUGCCAGCCGCAUGAAGAUAUUUUUGUAUUUAUGAUUUGUGGUAAUACUGUCUUAAAUGGUUGUUUUGUAUGUGUAUAGUUAGGGGACGUGGAAUAUAAAUUCAUGCGAGACUAA